UUCCAGACCCUGGGGGCAGCCCUGGGGGUGUCCCUGGCCCCGCAGCUGCUGCUGCUCCUGGUCCCUGCAGACUCGGGGUCCCCCCGGCGCCGGGGGCUGCUGCGGCUGCUGCUGAGCUUCGCUGCGGGGGGGCUGCUGGGGGACGCCUUCCUGCACCUCAUCCCCCACGCCCUGGCCCCCCACGAGCACCACGAGGGCCACGGGCACUCCCACCAUGGGCACGCCCCCCACGAGCACCACGAGGGCCACGGGCACUCCCACCAUGGGCACGAGCACCACGAGGGCCACGGGCACUCCCACCAUGGGCACGCCCAGUCUCUGUCUGUGGGGCUUUGGGUCCUGGCAGGAAUUGUCACUUUCCUGGCUGUGGAAUUGGGGGUCAGACACCUCGGGGGACACGGACACGGCCACAGCCACGGCCCCAAGGCCAAGCACAGCUCCAGCGAGGACGAGGCCGAGGGUGACACCAAAGGGACAAAGGGGACAAAGGGGAGGGGCCAGGAGGGACAGAGAGCAGUUUCGGGUUACCUGAACUUGGCCGCCGACGCCGCCCACAACUUCACCGACGGCCUCGCCCUGGGGGCGGCGUUUUGGGGGGGCCCCGCCCGGGGAAUGGUGACGGCGCUGUCGGUUCUGCUGCACGAGCUGCCCCACGAGCUGGGCGACAUGGCGCUGCUGCUGCGCGCCGGCUGCUCCAAGGGACAGGCCAUGCUGCUGCAGCUGCUGACCGCCCUGGCCGCCCUGGCCGGCGCCUCCUGCUCUCUCCUUGCCGAGGGCGCCGGCGCCGUCUCGGGCGUCCUCCCGUUCACGGCGGGCGGGUUCAUCUACCUGGGCACGGUGUCGGUGCUGCCCGAGAUCCUGCGGGACUCUGCUCCCUGCCAGGCCCUGCUGCAGCUGCUGGCCCUGCUGGCCGGGCUGGCCAUGAUGCUGCUGAUCGCUCGGUACGAGUAGGGAACCGCCCCAAAUUCCUGAAAUUCCACAAAUUCCGGGAGGGGGGAGGUGCCAGCUCGGCUCUGGUGGUGGGUUUGGGGGAGCAGAGGGGGUUUGUCCUCGUAAAAAAAUCAGAUUUGGGGG